AUGAGUUCUACAGUGAAAAGAAAGCAAUUUUCGCUGGAAGAGAAGAAAAACAUAAUUUCUGAAGUAGACAAAGGAUUGAAGAAAGGCGAGGUGGCAAAGAAGUAUGGCAUAUCUCCAUCUACAUUGUCAACCAUUUUGAAGGACCGAGAAAGCAUCUUGAAACAAGUGCAGACUUCUGUUUUUGACCCGAGCAGGAAAAGGAUGCGUAAGGCACAAUUUGAAGACGUUGAUACGGCGGUUUACAAAUGGUUUCAAGAUGUUCGUUCCAGAAACGUUCCUCUGACCGGUCCUUUAAUUCGAGAAAAAGCCUUAGAAUUUGCUAAAAUGCUCGAAGUUGAGAAUUUCCAAGCAAGUGUCGGAUGGUUAAAUCGUUUCCGUGAGCGGUAUGGUGUAUUGUCCAAAUGCAUUUCUGGAGAGGCGAGUGACGUGCCAAUGAAUUCUGUUAACGAAUGGCGAAAUGGAGAAGUUGCUGCACUCAUCAAGAAAUACAACCCGGACGAUGUCUUUAAUGCGGAUGAAGCUGGAGUGUUUUUUCAGCUUGAACCAAAAAGGACAUUAGCCCAGAAAGGAGACAAGUGUGUAGGGGGUAAAGCUUCCAAACAACGCAUCACCGUUCUGUUCUGUUGUAACAAAUCGGGAACGGAGAAACGAAAAUUCCUCAUCAUUGGCAAAUCUGCAAAACCUCGUUGUUUUAAAAACUGUAAAUCAUUGCCAUGCAUCUAUAAAUUUAACAAGAAAGCAUGGAUGACCCAAAUAAUUUUUAAUGAUUGGUUGAUAGAUUUUGAUACAGAAAUGGAAAAGAAGAAGAGGAAAAUUCUUCUUCUUAUCGACAACUGCACUCCAUAUAAUGCACCACCAAAAUUGGAUAACAUUCGUGUGGAAUAUUUCCCACCUAACUGCACAGCUGUACUUCAACCUCUUGACCAAGGUAUCAUCAGAGCUGUAAAAUCACGCUACAGAACCUUUUUGUUACGUCAAAUUUUAUGCGAUUUGGAGAAAAAUAUCCAAAGAAAAUGCAAUGUGAAGGAAGCUAUCGAAUGGAUAUGCGGAGCUUGGGAUGAUAUCAGUCAAUCAACAAUAACUAACUGGUGGAAACAUGCAACCACAACCAAAGACGCCAAUUCUGUUUCAGAAGUGGCCGAAUAUGAUGAAUCAAAUACGCACGAUAUCCAACAAUCUGAGUUAGAGCAAAUUUGGAGCACUGCAAAAAAGAAAACGUCGCUUCCUGACGACGUGAAUUUAGAAGAUUAUCUCGGUGCAGAUGACGUUUCAACAUGUUAUGAACUAACCGAAGUAGACAUCGUUCAAUCCAUUAAGCAAAGAUGA